UUUACAGGCCAUAUUUGUUGCUUUUUCACUCUCUCUCUCUCUCUCUCUCUCUCUCUCUCUCUCUCUGUAAAUCAAACCAGAAGCUCAUACAGAUUGGAGAGGACGCACAACCAUUUCUGCUAGAGCUUUUAUUCAGAUUGAACGGUAGUCAAGUUUAUCCAAAGCCAGGUUAGCGACCUCUAAUCCACCUACGGAUAAUUUAGCAAACUUGGUCCUAAUUGUCAUUGCCCAUCUUCUGAACAAAAUGGAAUUGGAUUAACUUGCUAUCCUUGAAUGUGGGUUUCAUCAGUGGAUAAGGUGGAAAUCUUUCUGUUCAACUAUUUGUAUUCAAGCUGUGUUUUCUUGCUAUCCAUUAAGCUUUCAAACCAUGAAUCUUCCUGCAAAUGGUGUUGAAGUCAAACCAGAGACGUUUGAACAAGAGAAAGAGGCAGGCCCCUUGCUCCAUUGUGAUCUUUUUGAUACUGAAAUUGUCCACAAAAUAGCACAAGCGUUCCUCCCAGGAUUAGCCUCAGCCUGUGUAGACAACACGACAGGCGGUCUCUUCAAGAGCCCUGCUUCAGUGGCAGUUGAUAUCAGAAAAGAGAUGGUGGAGUAUCUCACACAGAGGAGUGAAACUUUUGUUGCCGAAUCUGUAGUCUUAGAAGGUGGCCCAGAAGCUCAAAUGUCUGUCCAUCCUUAUGAUAUAAUAUCUGAUUUCGUUGAUGAUUUUGCGAGUUCAAAGCGGAACUUCUUUAGUCGGGUAUCGGGAUGGGUACUAAGUGAGAGGAGAGAGGACAGAAUAGAUGAUUUUGUGCAAGAAAUGGAAUUAAAUGGGUUUUGGUUCAUGGAGAGGAGAGAAGCCAUUGCUCAAAACUUGCUAAAAAAUGUUGAUUUCAAGAACACGUUUCAUUGCGAUAUGAAAUUCAACUGUGCUGAAGAGCUCGCAGAGCAUAGUCUACGGUGCAAUUUUCGGACUAUGAACUGCACAAAUGAAGGGUGCAAUGCCAGGUUUUGUGCAUCUCACUUGGUGGAUCAUGAAUCAAUCUGCCCAUUCAAGAUACUUCCAUGUGAGCAGCAGUGCCCGGAUAGAAUCAUGAGGCGCGAAAUGGACAAGCAUUGCAUAACUGUAUGUCCGAUGAAGCUCGUCAACUGCCCCUUUUAUCCAGUUGGUUGCCAAUCUACUAUUCCGCUUGCUACAAUUGAACAACAUCGUUUGGAGAAUCUCCAUGCUCACGUGCUGUAUAUUCUUCAAGUCAUUCACAAGGAUGCACCUUUGGAGAUUCUAAAAAAACGGGUGGACCAACUCAAAGAGGCCGACUCUCCUGGAAGGUUAUCAGAAGCUCGAGAUGUCAGAUUAUUGACCUUUGCAAUUAAGGAUCUUGAAGCAGAAAUUGGUCCCAUCAAGGUAGACAACAACAUCAAGAUCUUUGAAGAACACCCAGAGUCGCCAAAUAAAAAUGAAGAGGGCACAGAAUUAGUCACCAACAAAGAAGAGGGUGUGGAUUCAUCCACCAGAGAAGAAGAACACAGAGACUCACCAAAUAAAAACGAAGAGUGCACAGAAUUAGUCACCAACAAAGAAGAGAGCGUAGAUUCAUCCACCAGAGAAGAAGAACCCAAAGAGUCACCCAACAAUGAAGAGCGCAAAGAAUUAGUCACCAACAAAGAAGAGAGCAAAAAUUCAUCCACCAGAGAAGAAGGCAAAGAGUCACCCAAGAAAAAGGAAGAAUGCACCAAGUUGCCCACUGAAGAGGAAAAGUCCGAAGAGUCGCCCACUAAAAAGGAAGUACACUUUGAGUUGUCUACCAGGGAAGAGAAGUGGAAUGAUCCAUCCAUCAAAGGUGAAGAGAGUUCCGAGUCAGCAAUCGAAAAAGAAGAGCGCGCAAAGUCUCCCACAAAAAUGGAGGAGCGCGGAGAGUCGCCAGCCAAAAAAGAAGUGCAUGCUGAAGAAUCGUCAAAUUUGCCGGCGCAUGGAACUAAUUUAAUUUCAUAGAUUCAUACGUCCAUAUCUAUGUAGGUGUUUAGAUGUAUCAAUUUUUGUAUGGCAGACAGUAGCCAACCUUAUCCAUUCCAGCAAUGUUCAAUUUAUCUUUGAUUUGUUUUCUCUCUUCAUGAAAUCAAGGGGAGAGCUUUUACUUAA